AUGAACUUCGAGGAGCCGUACUAUAAGUUACCAAGAAAUUUUGCCCGUUCGAUAGGUUGUUGGCCGUACCAGUCUCGCCUGGAAAGUUUUCUGAUCGGGCUCUUCAUUGUUUUGGCGUUCACUCUCCAAGUUGGGCCAAUAAUUACCGCUAUUGUAGUACAUUUUGACGACAGAGAAUUGAUACUCGAAACAAUAGCGCCAAUUUUAACCGACAUAGCAUCAUUUACUGUGUUUGUUAAUUCGUUGAUAAAUUCAAAAAUGGUUAGUUCAAAUUUUAACGUGAUCAAAGCUGAUUGGAAGUUAGUGGCUAAUAGGGAAGAAAAGCUAAUUUUGGAAAAGUAUGUCGAAUUGGGAAAUUUAAUGGCUGCUGGAUAUGCAGGUUUUGUAUAUUUAGCUACUGUGACGUUUAUAACAGAACCCGUAGUACCGAUUAUAAUCAAUUUGAUGCUCAAAACAAAUUUAUCCGCGCCACACAAAUUGUCUGUUCCAAUGGAAUGGGUUGUGAUUGACCGAGAAAAGUACUACUGGAUUUUGAUAAGUUACUCGGGUGUGUGUAUCACGGUGAUUCUGACGGUACUCACUGCUUAUGACGUCUUGUUCAUCACAGUGGUCCAUCAUGCUUGCGGAUUGUUCGCAGUUACAGGGCAUCGGAUCCAAAAUUUGACAAGUGAUGAACACUUUCAAAAUAACACAGAAAAAAAAAUUUUUCUCAGCUCAAAAAAAAGUCAUUACGAACAUUUGGUUUCAUGCAUCGAAAUCCACCGCCGAGCUUUAGAAUAUGUUGAUAUGAUUGAGAGAACUGUCACAGGCUGUUUUGGAAUAGUAGUAUUAUUGAACUUGCCGUUAAUAAGCGUUACUGGAAUGAUCACUCUGGAUAACACUCUGCAGCAGAAGAUCAAAAAUUUGAUGUUCACCAUGGGACAAGUGAUCCACCUCUUCUUUGAAUGCUUCUUAUCCCAACAGCUGACUGAUAUGAGCCAGCAAAUUCACGACCAAAUAACUGCCCAAAAAUGGUAUAACAUUGACGUGAAAUCCCAAAAACUUUUGAUCAUCAUGAUAAUGCGAUCCCAAACGCCUUGUAUGCUCACAGCCGGCAAAAUAAUGGGCCUGUCUAUCGAAACUUUUGGAAUGCUCAAAACUUCUGGGUCAUACUUCACGAUGCUUUUAUCAAUGCAG